UUGGCUACGUGUUUCUAUUGGAUAGACCUACCAAUAGGUGGUAUUUGGGGCAGAGCAGCGUUUGAAUGGUCUUUUCAGAAAGCCCUGCAUUGUCUCCUCAGAAUGCCAAAGUACAAAUUGUUUCUACUGAGGCAUGGGGAGGGGGCCUGGAACAAGGAGAAUCGCUUCUGCAGUUGGGUGGACCAGCACCUGAGUGAGGAGGGGGUGACGGAGGCCCAGCAGUGCGGCAGGCUCCUGAAGGAGCAGGGCUACCAGCUGGAUGUGGUGUUCACCUCACUCCUCACUCGCUCCAUCCAGACGGCCUGGCUAGUGACCCAGGCCAUGGGCGACGAAUGGGUCCCUGUGCUGAAGUCCUGGCGGCUGAACGAGCGCCAUUAUGGGGCCUUGAUCGGGCUGAACCGUGCCGAGCUGGCGCUGAAGCACGGGGAGGAGGAGGUGCGGCUCUGGAGGCGCAGCUACGACAUCACGCCUCCCCCCAUCACCGAGUCCCAUCCCUUCUUCUUCGACAUUUACAGCGACCGCAGGUAUCACACUUGCGACGUCCCUCUUGAGGAGCUUCCCCGCUCCGAAAGUCUGAAGCAAGUCCUGGACAGACUGCUGCCCUACUGGAACAAUGUCAUCGUGCCGGAGAUCAAGAAGGAACGGACCGUUCUCAUCUCAGCCCACGGCAACAGCUGCAGGGCCCUUCUGAAGCACAUCGAAGGGAUCUCAGACGACGAUAUCGUUGGUGUCACGUUGCCCACUGGGAUACCCAUUUUACUUGAACUGGACAGUGAUCUGCAGCCAGUGAAGCCUCACAAACUACUGGGGGAGCAGGUGCAGAUUCAGAACGCGAUUAAGAAAGUGGAGGACCAGGGGAAAGCCAAGAAAACAGUCACGUAAAUGGUGCACUGUACCGGCACUGUCAAAAUGGUGUCACGUUGAAGUAUCAUGCUGGUCACUGUUAAUCCUCACUAGACCAACCUGCAGCCGCUUUGGAGGACAAAUAUGGGUAUUUGAGUAACUUAACACAGGAGCACAGCUGUAAUCAACUUCAGAAUCACAAACAGUACAUUGAACACAUGAAAGUCAGCCGAAAUUCACAUUCACCAGAGUUAUUUACUGCUGAGAAAUCUGCACGUAUUCUGAACGGAAUCAGUACCUCCGAAAGCCACCUCUGAUCUGUGUGAAUGUUUAUCAUGCACAUUCAGAUCAUAACUGCUUUAGUUUUUGUUCUUCAGAAUCAAAUAUGGAUUGUGUUAACCUGACGGCAUUUUCAACGGAAAAAAAAUCCGUACGACUUUUAACACAAGCUUUGAUGACAAGUGCACAAGUUAGAAACAUUACAAUAUUAGUAAACACUGGUAAAUUUUAAUGUUAAUAAAAUCAUUUUAAAGAUAUAAAUACACAUUAUGUGAUUUAUAGAGCUCUAUAUAAUAUAUACAGUCAUGGGCAUUUAAAUGUAAUAAUUAAUUUUUGCAGACAUUGCAUAUUCAUUUUCAGCUGUUCAGUGUAUUAUUCAGUGUAGGAAAUUUUAAUAUAUGAUGAUGAUGUUUGUACAACCAGAAAUAUGAGUGCGCCUAAAUUCAUAAUUCUUUACUGAAAUUGUUAAAGAUAUUGUGUAUAACGUGGUAUUAAAUAGGUGAAUUAUAUGCCUGUAUUUUGUGUCUUUUCCCUGGUUUUUUGUAAAUUUUCUUGGACAGGGAACCACUGUGAAUUAUUGAAACUGUCUUGUAUGUGUCGCCUGUCUUUGAAUUUCAGUUUUACUUGAUGUUAGAAUUUCUUUCAUAAUGUGUGUCAGCAGUGGGACAAUGAGACUUAAAAAAAUAGCUUUGGGCAAAUAUAAGUGUAAGAGAUUGAAUAACUUAUUUAUUGUUAGCAUUGUAUUGUUUAAAUGCCCUUGAUCAGCUUCCAAAGAUAAUAGAUGAGAUUCAUACAUCUGAACCAUGUAUCACUGAUUUAAUUAACUAAGGUAGUGAAUCACAGGUAGUGAAGAGUGUCACGCCCAGCUCGUCCAGUCCUCGUGUGUGCCACGCUCCCUCAUCAUCCACGUUAUGACCUGCGCGUCCAGUCCUCGUGUGUGCCACUCCUCCUCAUCAUCCACGUUGUUAUGACCUGCGCGUCCAGUCCUCGUGUGUGCCGCGCUCCCUCAUCAUCCACGUUAUGACCUGCGCGUCCAGUCCUUGUGUGUGCCACGCCCCCUCAUCAUCCACGUUGUUAU